AUGGCACACUGUCUGGUGCUGCUGGUGGGCCUGUUUGUGCUGUCCACGGGCUGUGAUGGCCGCAGGAUCCGGAAAAGAGGACUUAACCAUAAGGAUUAUGAGUACCCCAACCAUCCCCAGUCCACGCAGAAGAAUGACCGGUGCCCCCCGCCCCCCCAGAUGCUGCCGGAGCGGGCCUGCGAGGUGCCCGGCUGUCGCUCGGACUCGGAGUGUGAGAGGCACAAGCGCUGCUGCUAUAACGGCUGCAUUUACGCUUGUCUAGAGUCAGUACAACCGCCACCAGUUCUGGACUGGCUGGUGCAGCCCAAGCCCAGGUGGCUGGGAGGGAACGGCUGGCUGCUGGAUGGUCCUGAAGAGGUUCUACAAGCGGAGGCCUGCAGCACCACAGAGGACGGAGACGAGCCCCUUCACUGCCCCACCGGAUACGAGUGCCACAUCAUCAACCCAGGAAACCCCGCCGCCGGAAUCCCCAACCGCGGCCAGUGCAUCAAGCAACGCAGCAACUCUGAUGGACGCGGUCUGAGGCAUAAAUACUUCAAGGACUACAAGGAUUACUUAGGAAGCAAUACCAACAAUGCAAUGUGGCCUCUUCAGUCUGGAAACCACUAA